UCCUGAUAAAUUCAUGGCAGAGGCAGAGUGACUAUAACUGAUAAAUUCAUCCAAUUGCCAUUCCUUUCCUGCCCAUCUCCCAUACCAAAUCUCAACUUGAUUCCGGGUUUGAAUCCAAAAAUCUCAACUUCCGUUCCAAAAUUGUCCUUAAAAAAUAUAUAUUUUUGUUUAAAUACCAAGUUAGACAAAAUUUUGACUAACAAAGAUUUUUUUUUAUUUAUAAUUUUCUAGAAUAAGCGUAUCUAUCAUGUUUUUAAAUUUAGAGUAUGUUGACACAAAAAUGGAAAUUAUGGAAAUACUUUAGAAUUUUUGCAUUAUAAUUUCUAUGUAGGUGCAUAAAAAUUAUUUUUUCAUAUUUAAGCUCUCAAAUAAAAUUUUAUUCUUAAACACAAUUUUUCUAAAAAUAAUUUUUAAAGAAUUAUUUAUAAGAAUUGUUGCAUAUUUUAAAUUGAAUCAUUUAGGGAUGUCCAUGCCCUGUUUUAAUUCCGACAAAAUAACAAUCCUUUAUAUCGAUUAAUUUUCACCACCACUAUUAUUAUUAUUAUUAUUAUUAUUUUUACUAAAUAUGAAACACUCUUUUUCAUUAUUUAUUAUUUACUACAUAAUAUAGGUGAUUCAUUUUUUCUAGAUUACUUUUUGGAUUAAAUUUGGGUGAACCUAAAAAUAUUAGUGAACUUUGUUCAUCCUAAGCAACUGAGAUCUUUUACUAAAAAAAAUUUAACAUUAGUCUCGGAUUUAUGUCAGUCAAGUUAGAAAAAUAAAAAUAAAAAAUAAUAAAAAUAAAACACCAAAUGAAAAACUAAUAAAAUAAACAGAGACAAACAUAUUAAUUAAUUAAAAAAAAAAGAGAGAAAAAUCAAAAUAAUGAAAAAAGGAAGCCUAAUAAAUUUUAAAAAUGGGUGCCCAAUGCCCAUGGCUGCCAGAACUCCAACAAGCCCAACAAUUCCCCAAAAUCAAAGGGCAGAAAGCUAUUUCCUCUGUUCAGCGAUGUUGGAGAAGAGCACCAUCAAAGUCACUGAACUCAAAUGCCUCUUCCCAAACCCAAUACUUCCUUCAACCAAUUUUCGAAAUCUACAACUCCUCUCAACUGGAGAGCCCAAAUCAAGCAAAAUCAGCUUAUCUCCCAAAUUUCCUCCAUUCUCUUACAGAGACACAACUGGGUCACGCUUCUCCGCAACUUCAACCUCUCUUCCAAGCUAACCCCAUCUCUCUUUCACCAAAUCCUCCUCAAAACCCAGAAAAACCCUCAAAGCUCUUUAUCUUUCUUCAACUGGGUCCGAACCAAUCUUGGCUUCCAACCCGACCUUGCUGCCCACUCUCAAAUCAUCCGAAUUUCAAUCCAAUCGGGCCUUUUCCAACCAGCUAAAGGCAUUCUAGAUUCUUUAAUUGAAACCCAGAAAGUAUCCGUGCUCGUGGAUUCAGUUAUUCAGGCUUGUAGAGGUAAAGAUUCUGAAUCUCCUGUAUUGGGUUUUGUUCUUGAGUGUUAUUCCAGUAAGGGUUUAUUUAUUGAAGCCUUAGAGGUAUUUAGAAGAAUCACAAUUCAUGGUUAUGUGCCUUCAGUUCGCUCUUGCAAUGCAUUGCUAGAUUCGUUGCAGCGAGAGAAUGAGAUUAAAUUGGCUUGGUGUGUUUGCGGUGCUUUGAUUCGUAAUGGGGUUUUGCCAGAUUACGUUAGGAUUGCACUAAUUCUUUGUAAAAAUGGAAAAUUGGAGAGAGUUGUUCGAUUAUUAGAUAUGAGUAUUGUUUGUAAUGCAUUGAUUUAUAAGCUUGUUAUUGAUUGUUACUGUGAAAGAGGAAAUUUCUCUGCGGCAUUUCAUUACUUGAAUGAGAUGUGUAAUAGAAAAUUCGACCCUGGUUUUUGUGCUUAUAACUCCAUUCUUGAUGGUGCUUGUAAAUAUGAAAAUGAUGAGGUUAUCCAAAUUGUAAUGGGUUCUAUGGUGGAGAAGGGAUUGCUUCCAAAGCUUCUGUUAUCAGAAUAUGAUUCAAUUAUCCAAAAGAUAUGCAAUUUGGGGAAGACACACGCAGCACAAAUGUUCUUUAAGAGAGCUCGCAAUGAGAAGAUUGAAUUAGACAAUGCUACUUAUGGGUGUAUGUUAAGGGCAUUAGCUAAGGAUGGAAGAGUAAAAGAAGCUAUUGGGGUGUACCUUGUGAUUUUGGAAAGUGGUGUUACAGUGAAGGAUGGUUGUUAUCAUGCAUUUGUAAAUGUUCUUUGUGAGGAAGAUCCAUCACAAGAAGUGAGUAAAUUAAUGGGAGAAAUUAUUGGGAAAGGAUUUAGUCCUUGUGGGUCAAAGCUGUCUAAAUUUAUAACUUCUUUAUGCAAAAAUGGUCGAUGGACAGAAGCUGAUGAUCUUCUGAAUGUAACUAUAGAGAAAGGGCUCUUGCCCGAUUCCUUUUGCUGUUCUGCUUUGGUGGAGCAUUACUGCAGGAGUAGACAGAUUGAUUCAUCUAUUGCAUUGCAUGAAAAGAUCAAGAAAGUGAAGGGCAGCUUGGAUGUUGCAACUUAUAAUGUGCUUCUUAAUGGCCUUUUCAUGGAAAAGAGGAUUGAAGAUGCUGUCUCAGUGUUUGAUUGCAUGAGAAGUCAAAAUUUGUUGAGCAGUACGAGUUUUACAAUUAUGGUGAGUGGGCUCUGUCGGGAAAGGGAACUGAGAAAAGCUAUGAAGUUUCAUGAUGAAAUGCUGAAGAUGGGGCUUAAACCUGACCGAGCAACAUAUAAACGACUGAUAUCUGGAUUUAAGUGAGCGAUUGUUCACUCAUACAUGACUUUUCUGAUCUGAGCAGAAUGAUCUUCUUGCUUUGGAUUAUUUUUGUCAUAAUUGUUUUAUCAUUUUAUUCUUAGAAGCAAUUGAUUAUAAUUAUGUUCAAAUAUUCAAAACAGGGUUCAGAGAGAUGAAGCAAACAACCUCUGUAACCCUAUUUUCAGAGGCUAUGUAGGCACACUCUCUAACCAUGUACAUUUUGCUAUGUUCAUAUUUAUUUUUGCUUGAUGCUA